AUUAUAGAUGAAGGAAAUAAAACAAUAAUUGAAACCCGAGAUUUUCGAAAGCAAUUACAUAAAAUUCGUCCGAAUCUUCAGGGUAAAAUAGGUUUACUCAGAAUUCUACUUCUUGUUGACAAAAUCAUUUUCAAAUAUUGAUUAGCUCUUAUCACAUUUGCAAUUCUAAUCAAUUAUUGAAGUAUUAUAACACGAUAAGAUUCAAUUGCCUUGUUUUCCAACAUAACGAUAGCGAGGAGACACGCAUAAAAUAUUCCCGCAGUCAACACCUUGCUUGAGGUGUUGGUGUAGGUAAUGAUUGUAGUUCACAUUACCCACAUCUUUAUGUUGAGGAAAUUACAACAAGGUUAAAAAAUAUUAAAAAAUUCAAUACAUUCAGAAUAGAUUGUUUUGCAAUUUUAUAGCUCCGUAGGUAGUAGUCCUGUAAUUCUUGGAGGGAGUAAUGAAUUAAUGGUAGCCUGAAUUUGCUGAUAUGCUUGUUGAAUCAUUUCCGAAAAGUUGUUCUUGUAAAGCGUAAUAAAUUGUGUAACCGUUCGUUUUUUUUUUAAGAAAAACAAUUCAUAAUUUUUCCAAUUUUACAGAAUCUUAAUUUGAGAAAUAAUAUAAUUUCGUUUAUCUUUGCAUAUUAUGGGCAACAAAUCCCCUCAGAGACCGCAUUUGGUCCUGAAGAUAUAGACACUACUGAUAAUGAAUAUCUUCGUAGAAACUAUCAGUGAAAUCGACAUGGGACGAGUCAAUUUAUUUAAAAGAAAACAUGUGUCAGUUGGGAAAUAUGUGAGUGUUCAAUAAACGUGAAUAUUUAUGAACAGUUGUGAUUUCAUUAUUAUCAAGAGGGAGUAGAAGAGACUGAUCUAACGAAUACUCAAUCAUGGCUCUGAAUUCAAGUUUAUCAACAUGGAGCAGGAAAGUAGGGAAAACAAUAGAUAAGCUCAGAAACACUGAAUCUUCAGAAAUUAUGUUCAUUGCGCCAAAUCCAAACAGAAAACAACCUUACAAGAGAAAUUCCACCGGUAGUAGUGAAUUGCACAAUUUUUUUGAUAAAUUUGGUGAACGUUGUACGAAGGACGAUUUAAGGAAUAUAUAUGAUAAAUACAAACGUUUGAGUGAAAACGACGAGAUCCAUACAAACAUGACUUUACGUGAAGAAAAUCUAAAAAGAAACCAGAGUUUAUUGUCUGGAAACUAUCGACUGAGCGAAAAGCAACUGAUGGACUACCUGAUGAUCAUGCAGCCCGAUCCAGAAGAAUUCAAAAAUUUCCUAGAUUCAUUGCCGGGAGAAGAACAGGAAAAGCAACAAAGUUCGCCCCCCAAAAAAAUUUCGCACUUCAACAGAAUGAUGAACAUGUUUACAAGAAGAUACAGUAAAUCUGAAUCCGAAGACGAAAGCGAUACAUUGAGGUCGAAAAGUUCGUCGACUGGAACUUUAACGAAUAUCUCAAAUUUUUUCAAGUACAAACAUAAGCGCAAAAAUUCAUCAAAUUCUUCAGUAUUGACAUCCAGUGAUACCGAAUACGAUAGCGAUGUUUCGAUGUUGAGUGUUUCCUCUUUGGAUAGGUGCAAAAAAGGCAAUAUUAAAUAUUCUGAUUCGUUUCACACAAACGAGACAAAAAAUAGAAUUAAAGAAGAAUAUCCUGAGUUGACGACGGGAAAUGAAGAUUCCUUUUCUAUAACAAACAGCCAGGAAGAGAAGAAGAAGGUAACGGGGAAUUCCAUUCCUUCUGGCUUUUUCAGUUUCAAGCCUUUCAAAUCUAAUUUUUCGAGUAACGAGAAAAUGGAAGAUCAAACCGAGGGAAAUGUGCGGACGGUUGGGAAAAAAAACGAACCGUCUUGCAAUAGGGAUUCCGGAGAAAUGACUGAUGCCUGUGAACAAUUGAGCAACUUAUCCAUCAACAAGGGACCGAAAAUUGCCAAAGGCAGAGAAUUUAAGUAUGUAAGAUUGAAAGUUUCUGAUAAGGAAUCUAUAGGACUCAAGAUUGAACUUAAAAAUAAAAAUUCCGAAGUCCCCACCAUGGUGAUCACGGAAAUAAUACAAGAUUCCAUCGCUUACAAAAGUGGAAAAUUAGAAGUAGGUGACGAAAUAGUUAAAAUAAAUAGCGUACAAACUGAAAUACUCAUUUCAAAGUCCCUUGAGCAUGUAUUGGAACCGAAAGAUGGGGAGUUGGAAUUAUUGAUUAUCAGGUAUUCCUCUGAAAGAGAAAAAAGAAUGAAAAGUUUGAAACGAAGUAGCUCCAUACAAUUAGAAAGCCCCAACGUCAAAAGGGAGGAAAGGACCAGAUUGGGACGAAUGGGAUUAACAAAAAUAGUAGAUCAUAUAGAUACUCGAAGAAAUAUUUCUUUAGAUGUAAUUCUUAAGUGCCCCACACAAAAUGAUAUCGAAAAUAAAACGAAUAUUAAUGAACACAAACAAGCAGAGAUAGAGUCCAGAAAGUUUAGUGAUUUUAGAUUACAUAAAACUACCGACAACAGAACGCAUUUAGAUGAUAAUGAAACAAGAGUAACAUUCGGUGAUAGCAUAGAAAGAACGACGUCUGAAAAGCAAUUCAUAUUCAAAAAACCCACUGACAGAAGUUAUAAAACUUCAAAAUAUAAAACAGAUAUUGAAGAAAAUGAGACAAGAGUAACUUUUUGUGAAGAGAGGGAUAAGACUACACAACAAGAAAACACCACAGGAACUAAUGACCAAUAUUCACAUGAUUAUAACGACAGAGCUGACGAUCAACAUCCUGGCUUACAAAUUAUUUUCACCAAGGGUCCAAAUAUGAAAUCAUUAGGUUUUUCGAUAGUUGGCGGUAAAGACUGUGUUAGAGGACCAAUGGGAAUUUUUGUGAAGACUAUUUUUGAAAAUGGCCAGGCUGCUGAGAGCGGAAAAUUAUUUCCAGGUGAUAAAAUUUUAUCAGUAAAUGGUCAUUCCUUUCAAAAUAUGACGCAUCUUGAGGCCGUGCAAUUCUUCAAAAAUAUAAAGAAAGGAAGUGUGCUCAUAAAAAUUCAUCGACGUCAAAAAAUCACUACUUCCUUAUUGUAAAUCGGUUCAAUUUAUCAAGUUAUAUAAUUCAAAUAUAUAUACUAUUAUUUGUUCGAAA